GUCGUCUCCCGACGGCAGUGGGUGCUCCGUUGGUUGGAUGACAAUAUUGCAACUGUUGCACCACCAACCUGCCCCUCGACCUUGCGCUGGUUACCUGUCCCUGCGCUGCCUUCAGUAAAAAAAAUCUCUUCUCUGUGUCACCAGUGCCUUAUUCUCCGCAUUCUGGCCCCUACAUAUGUAAUCCCUCUCAUGAUGGCCUGGCUAAAGGUUGUGCUGCCGGCUACGUCAACGGUUUGUCGCUGAUCUCUUUUAUUCUCAUCCCCCCGCUUCCGCGACUGUUGUGCUGUCACCAGUAGACUUUCCUCUUCCCUCGCGGACUUUUGAAGACAGCCUACCUCCAAAAUGAAGGUCAUCAUCCGUGACGACAAGGACGGUGCAUCCAAGUAUGCAGCCCGAUACAUCAUCAACCGCAUCAAUGCCUUCGCGCCGACUCCCGAAAAGCCCUUUGUCCUCGGACUCCCCACAGGCAGCAGCCCGGAGAUCAUUUACAAAUACUUGGUAGAGGCGCACAAGGCCGGUGAGGUGUCGUUCGCCAAUGUCGUGACUUUCAACAUGGACGAAUACGUGGGUCUGCCCGAAGACCAUCCCGAAUCCUACCACAGCUUCAUGUACAAGCACUUUUUCGCUCACGUCGACAUCAACCCUGAAAACGUCAAUAUUCUCAACGGCAAUGCCCCCGACCUCAGAGUCGAAUGUGCCGCCUACGAAGAAAAAAUUGCGCGUGCUGGCGGAAUCGACCUGUUCCUGGGAGGCAUUGGACCAGAUGGACACAUUGCAUUCAACGAGCCAGGUUCUUCCCUGCGCUCAAGGACCAGAGUCAAGACGUUGGCAGAAGACACAAUCCGGGCCAAUUCGCGGUUCUUUGGCGGCGAUCUCAGUCAAGUCCCCAAACAAGCAUUGACUGUGGGUGUGGGCACUGUUAUGGAUGCCAGGGAGGUGCUGGUCAUCGUCCUAGGUUCCAACAAGGCGGUCGCUCUGGCUAAAACGAUCGAGGGGGGUGUCAGUCAGAUGUGGACCUGCAGUGCACUGCAGAUGCACGAGAAUGCGAUGAUCGUCUGCGACGAUGCCGCUACGGACGAAAUGCUGGUGAAGACGGUCAAGUACUUCAAGAGCAUCGAACAAGUCUCGGCAGAACAGGAGACCGCCAAAGCCACUCCUCAACAGCGGUCGCAGGUCCGGCUGGACAACUGGCGGGCGGGCCUGAAGGACCUAAGAAUCGACACCGAGAAGAAAGAGCUGCUGGAUCAAGAGGAUGGGGAAUUGACACCGGACAGCAUGUCGUCGAGGCUGGUAGACUCGGCGAUCGCCAUGAACGACAAGAAGAUGGGCGAUUUCAUGUUUGACCGCAUGGGAUCGCGGGUUUCGACUUUUGCGGCGUGAAGCGGGCCGAAUGGAUGUGAUGUUCCUUUACGCUCGAAUCAUUGGGACAUUUGCAGAUGUUUCCUCCCGUGCCACUGCUUGUAUGAGUGGUGAUUGCGAUUGCGAUGGCUGUGGUUGAAGGUCCGAGAAAUUCUUGUGGUCUCUCUCUGUUAAUCUAGAGGUUAUUUUUUUGUGGAUACGCUUCUGAUGUCCUAGUUCUGGUACUUGUAGGCGGCGAGGGCGUCUUUCGGGGUUGGGCUUCGUGUUUGUUCAGCAAGCAAAGAAUCAGGCGGAUUAAAAUUUCCUUCUACACGGCACAAGCUCGGGUGACGGCGCCGAAUGACAUGUUUGGAUAUAUAUUUGUGAUGGAAAUCAGGAUUUGAAGCGCAGUAUCGUAAAUCGUCGCUUCCAGUACAUUAUUCAACAGGAGUCGUAUGUAACUACUACCAGGCAUCGUCAUUAUUAUAGUUUGGCAAAGACAGUCGGGACGCUGCCUCCCAUUUCCAC